UCUCACCUGUGUGCAGCUUUCCGCUACGCUAGUCCACCUCACCAGUCCACUCCAACGGCCCAUGUUGGACGGAUCGACUGCACGAGUGUCCGCACGGAUUAUUUUUGUCGACGACGGUUAAUGUUUCGUUGUGUUCGCGGAUUGGCAUUGUUACCUAUUCUCGGAGGACUUUUAACUGCUCACUUUCAGAGCGUAUCAAAUUCAAAUUUAAAUCUUGGAUGUUUAUCGUAAAAUUUCAUAAAGCUAUUAUAUUUUCUAUGUGAUUUUAGUGCGCGACAAUUUAAAGAUUUAAUAUUUAGUUGCAUCUGUGAUAUUACAUUUUGUGCAGCCUGUGGACAGUUAUUGUUUUAUUCGAAACUUUUAUUCGCAAUUUUGCCAAGUACUGAUUAAUUCUGUGCUUAUCAUAAAUUUGUUUAACGAGACAAAUUUAAAUGUUUAUUCUUCUAUGGCAUUUGUGUAAAAUUAAAAAAUUGUAAAUUUCUAUACAAUGUUGAAGUGAUCAAUUAAGAGAACUGUGCACAAUUUUAGCCAUGAUGUAAAUCAUUUCUCUUGUUUCCACUUGGACAGUACGCAUCGGAGUUGCCGAAACAGUGGGUGGUCAAUUGAUUCGUCUCUCUGUUACGAGGAUGAUGAUGAUGGACAUGGGCAUGUACGGAACCUAUGGCAAACCUGACUCAUAUCCUAACUAUGUGUUCUCGGGUCAAGGAAAUCAUCACCAUCAUCACCAUCACCAGCCUUCAUCCGUCGGUGGUCACGUGUCUGUGCCUCCUUCCCCGGAGGUAGCUCCAACUCAUUACUACCCCCAGACUGCAGUGGCGCCAUAUUCUUCAUCGUCUUCCGAGAGUUUCCUAACCGCCGAUUCAGGCACAUCGUCCAGUACGCCGCCUCAAGGCUUCUACUCUCCAACGGGUGCCGUUCUCCACGAGAAUGGUUCCACUACGGCAAUAAUUUCCUCGGAAAAUGGUCUGAGCUAUACUAAUCUUGAUUACGCAUCGUCCUCAUCGUAUCAAAAUCAACAGCAACACGCAGUAGCCUCGGUGGAUCCGCAUCAAAGUUACCAUGUUCAACAGCCUGCUUAUAGAGAGGAUCCUCAUCACCAUCAUCAUCACCAUCAUCCAUCCGGCAGUAGCAGUCUUCAUCAAAGUACGGUACCUCCAACUAGUCAUCCAAGAACGGAGCACGAUCAACAACUCCAUCAUCAAUCCUCUAGUCAUCACCAUCAUCAUCAUCAUCACCACCACGAACCCGAUUAUCCAAUAGCAGUCGGCGGGACCUCGAAUUAUCUUCAUCAACUACCCUCCUCGGAUGAAUCUUUGCAUUAUCAGACUCAGCUUCAGCAGAGCGAGUUUUCCACGCAUCCGUCGGGACAUUAUAAAGAAGAGAACUCGGACGCAACUACCUAUCACAUCUUACAGCAAUCCAGUCAUCUUCAACAUCCCCAUCAACAUGGGCAUCAUCAUCAGCAGCAGCAGCAUUCGCAUGCGCAUCAUUCGCAGCAGCAACAGCAACAGCAACAGGCGCAAGUACCUACAUACAAGUGGAUGCAGGUCAAGAGAAACGUACCCAAGCCAGUCGCGACAAAAGCAAAUCCUAACGUAAUCGAGUUCGGAGGCAGCGCAGUGGCAGCCUCAAGCUCGUCCGUGUACGGAAGCACCGCUAGUGGAACGGUGAGCUGCAUCGCCGGCUCGUUGGCCGGUAUCGCUGGUAGUUUCAACAAUACAGGCCGCACGAACUUCACGAAUAAACAGCUCACCGAACUGGAGAAAGAGUUUCACUUCAACAAGUACCUGACACGAGCGAGGCGCAUCGAGAUCGCUUCCGCGCUGCAGCUUAACGAAACGCAGGUGAAGAUCUGGUUUCAGAAUAGACGGAUGAAGCAAAAGAAGCGUAUGAAGGAGGGUCUAAUACCGGCGGAUAGCACGAACGUGACGCCUCUGAGCGGUGCCAGGAGCAGCAGUAACUCCCCGACGGGCUCGUCCAGUCACGAAAUCGGCGGUCUCGGUUUGUCUAGCUUCCCCAGUGACAACAGUAGGGAAUCACCUCCAUCUUCUAAGGAUUGACGCGACUUUUGCUGCAGUAACGAACGGCACUAUGGUCUAUGAUUCGAUAAUUGGUAGAGCUCGGUAGACUCGAUCGGAGCUAGGUGUUUAAUAAGAAUCAUACAAUUACUGCAGCCAUGAGUCAUUUUCUAAUUCACUAUUUCAGGCUGCAUCAUGAGAAUGUAAUAUGGCGAAGGAGUUAAGACAAGUAAUGUCAUUCUGUAUCCUGAAAGUAGAGGUAUGUGAUAUAUGUAUAUACGGGACACAUCUAUGUAUCUUCCCGUUUCUAAACUAUAGAAUAUGACAUUGAUUGUGCUCUAAUUCCAUCAUAUUGUACGGAUCAUUCGCAUUCAGAAGUGGCAAAGAAAAAUUAUGGCCACAAAACGAUAUCAACAUGAUUUCAUAUUAUAAUGUAUUCCGGAUUUUUUCGUCCCGAUUUUUCCUUCAUUCCUUUUAAUUAGUGCAUUAAAGAUAAUAAAUUGUACAUUAAUUUCGCGUAUUAUUUAUUUUACGUAUUAUUUAUAUACGUUAUAUCUUAGUUCCCAAUACGUCUUGUAAAAUUGUGUAAGUUUAAAUUCAAUCUUUCCACACAAUCCACAUCCUCCUCAAGGUUACCAUGUACCUCAGUUCAUAUAGCGAUAUAGAUGUGUAAAUGUAAAUGCUGAUAAUCGCGCGAAUCGUUUAUACGUUUCUAAUUAAUUUCUUUAGAAAUUUUUUUGAAAUAUUAUUCUUCCGACGUUUACGUUAAUAAAUAU